CCUAGACAGAAAUACUUCCGUUGAUUGGUAAUGUCUUCCAGGUCAUUCCAAAAUGGCAGCGCUCCUGAAAUCUACACGUGAACUGUUUACCGAAGGAGUAAGAGCUGUUUUGGAAACCUGGCCUGUACUUCAAAUCGCUGUUGACAACGGCUUUGGAGGUGUGUACGGCCAGCAGAAAGCAGACUGGAUGGUGGAUGCUGUGCAGCAGUAUUUCCAUGACAACAGUGAUCUACAGCAGUAUGAAGUGGAGGACUUCAUAUCAAUGUUGCUGAAUAAUGAGUUUGAUACCAUGGUGGAUGAUGGCAGUUUACCUCAGGUGGCACAGCAGGUGUGUCAGAUGUUCAAGCAGUGUCAGCAGGGUAAACUGGAGGAGGUGAAGGGUCAAAUAAACCAGCUGGCCCAGAAGAAGAGUGCAGGCAGGGUGAAGGCCACUGCUGUGAAGAGCCCAGAAGAGGAAGACAUAAGUGACGAGGAUGACCCAGAGACGAUGGAGUGUGAUGGAGCAGCUGAGACGAGCUCUAAGCACACUUCUCCCCGAGAAGCCAAACCCCCCACCCCUCCCCCAGACGCGGUUGAGGACGGCUGGACGGUGGUGCGCAAGAAGAAGUGAUGCAGAGUUGCGGGGCUCAGAUGUAGCCCUUAAGGGGUCAACAACCAGGGCAUGUGUGUCUGCCGUCAUGUUAAUUUCGCCAUUACAGGCUGCUUGACCCCCUUCAGUGGGGUCAUCAGGCCAGCUGAACUGACUCGCACACAUGAUGGGUCGAGCUCAGUGACUUUAUAUGCUUCCUGUUAUUUUCCAUUACCCCCAGCAGUGAGACAAGGCCAGAUGCUCAUCAGUGGAACUAGGUGAAGGCUCAGGAAGACUUGCAGAUUGAGUGCAGUUCUCAACUUCACCUUUACAUGUUUCUAUAUCAUGUCUGUUCAGAGUGUCGGUCAGAAGGAUGUUCCACGUUGCUGUCUGGUCUGGCUUUAUAUGGUGUUAGGUGAUGGCAGGGAUGCUUGAAAAACUGGACUGCCGGCUCCGUCCCUAUUCUGUGUGGAUGAGAACUCCUUUGGGGUGGAUUACAGAGGGGAACCCUGUAGGAAAACGCUCUUUUUAAAUUAAAACUUUCAACAGUU